AGCAGAAGAGUAGGUGUCGAGGUUUGCAAAAUGAAAGGCUACAGUCCAUCGGUUGUUAUGGGCCAAAGUCAGUGUCAGCCUACAUUACCACUAGGCCUGUACGACACACUAUUCAGUUGGAAAAGAAGUGUUUGUUUUAUUGGCCCACGGAAAGGUGCCCUAUAACAUUGUCUCUUAACACCUUCUAGAAAGUUGCUCAUGUUACAAACCAAAACUAAUGUUCGGAAAAUGCUCGGUUUAAUGUUCUAACAAACCGUUAUGUCCAACGCAAGGAAAGUGGCAAAAUAUUUGAAGCUUUCUGCUUGCCUGCAGAUGGGCCGUGGGAUUAGAAUUGACAUGCUAAAUGCAAACCAAGGUUCGGAUUCUGCUGCGCAUGCGUGCGGUCUCCGUGCAUCAAUGUUGUAUAUGAGCGUGAGGGGAUAGGAGACCGAGGCUGUUUUUUCUACAGCCUCAGAAAUGGAUGGAACUGAGAUGAAUCGGAGGAACUGCGCAAAGCAGGAACCUGACGUUCAGAAGAUGGAUAAAAGUUCGGAAAGAGUCACACUCAAGAAGGAAAUUGGACUUCUAAGUGCUUGCGCUAUUAUAAUUGGCAACAUCAUCGGCUCCGGAAUCUUCAUCUCUCCCAAGGGGGUGCUGGAGCACGCUGGCUCUGUGGGCCUCUCCCUCGUGGUGUGGGUGUUAGGGGGCGGCAUCUGUGCCCUGGGAUCCCUGUGCUACGCCGAACUGGGGGUCACGAUCCCCAAGUCAGGGGGGGACUACUCCUAUGUGACGGAGAUCUUCGGAGGCCUGGUUGGCUUCCUACUGCUCUGGAGUGCGGUUCUCAUUAUGUAUCCCACCACCCUGGCUGUCAUCGCCCUCACGUUCUCCAACUACGUUCUCCAACCCGUCUUCCAGAAUUGUAUACCUCCCUUCCUUGCUACCAGGUUGUUAUCGACCAUAUGCAUAUUGUUCCUGACCUGGGUUAACUGUUCCAGCGUGCGCUGGGCCACCAGGAUCCAGGAUUUCUUCACCGUUGGCAAGCUGCUUGCCCUUGGCCUUAUCAUCGUGGUGGGCCUCGUCCAAAUCUGCCGAGGACACUACGACGCCCUGCGGCCCAGCGUGGCGUUUGAGUUCACGCGGGAGCCGUCGGUGGGACAGAUCGCCCUGGCCUUCCUCCAGGCCUCCUUCGCCUUCAGCGGCUGGAACUUCCUCAACUACGUCACAGAGGAGGUGGUGGAGCCGCGCAAGAACCUUCCUCGCGCCAUCUACAUCUCCAUCCCCCUGGUGACCCUGGUGUACACCCUCACCAACAUCGCCUACUUCUCCUCCAUGACCCCCGAGGAGCUCCUGGCCUCCAACGCUGUUGCCGUGACCUUCGGGGAGAAGCUUCUGGGCAUGUUCUCCUGGAUCAUGCCCAUCUCUGUGGCUCUGUCCACGUUUGGAGGCAUCAACGGCUACCUGUUCACCUCUUCCAGGCUGUGUUUCUCGGGAGCCAGGGAGGGACACCUGCCCUACCUACUGGCUAUGAUUCACCUGAAGAACUGCACCCCUAUCCCUGCCCUGCUGGUCUGUUGCAUUGCCACCAUCUUGAUCCUGUGCAUUGGUGAGACUCACAACCUUAUCAAUUACGUGUCGUUUAUCAACUACCUCUCCUACGGAGUUACCAUCGCAGGACUCAUGUACUAUCGCUGGAAGAAACCCAACCUUUUCAGGCCCAUCAAGGUGAACAUCCUGGUGCCUGUGAGCUACAUGGUGUUCUGGGCCGUGCUGUUGUGUUUCAGCCUGUACUCCGAGCCGGUGGUGUGCGGGCUGGGGAUGGUCAUCAUGCUUACGGGGGUGCCCGUGUACUUCCUGGGUGUGCAGUGGCAGAACAAGCCCCAGUGGGUCUACAGAGUUGUGGAGACUGUCACCUACGUUGGCCAGAAGUUGUGCUUUGUGGUGUUUCCUCAAGAUGACCCGUCAGAGUUGGCGCCGCUAACCGAACACAUCGACAAAUAGGACGUGUGCGUGCAUCUUCUCCAGUCUACCCUCAACUCAAUUUUUUGUUCGACUUUUGAAUACUGAGGAGAUGGAUUUCCCUUGAAAACGGCUUCCAACGCUUUUGAAUGGCAGAUAGGGUGGGGGAAGGAAAUUGUACCCAUCAUGCUCUGCUCUGCUGAGGCCCCCCCCAUCCAAGGGACUGUGUGUGUGUGUCGGUGUAUGUAUGUUUGUGUGUGUAUGGGGGAGGGGAGACAUCAAGCUAUUCAGGCAUAUUCCAGUUAGUUUUAUUAUUUUUGCACCCCCCCUCCCCAACCCUCUCCUUUGCUCACUGGCCAACGCCACCACGCCUCCUUAUCCUAAUCUGCCGCAUGAACUGAUGAACUCUGAUAUGCAUUCACAGCUUCUCUUCUAAUAGUUCUAUGGUGCUUUAUAUAGGGGCUGAGAGUUGGGUGGGUUUUUUGUAUUCCUUCGUCUUGUUUGCUAGGUCUUUAAAUGGGCGUGACUUUUUCCUGUGCUCGAGUCGCCGACGACGUUAGAUUUCCUUAUCUUAGAUCUUAUCUUCCUUAGAUUCCAAUUCCUAAUAUUCCAAGACUGUACUUCCACUAACAUGCAUGUCAUGUGUAAACACGAAUGAGUGUCAAACUCUCUCUCCCCCCUCUCUCCUCCUCUCUCUCUCUCCCUCUCCCUCUCUACCCCCUCUCUCUCUAUCUCUCUCUCUUGUUCUCUCUGGGGAUAAACUUCCUCCUGAAGGAGACAGGUGCUUCGGUAAAACCGAAAAGCAUUCAGUAGACAACGAAACCAAACAGACUCUUAUUCACUUCUGUUAGUAGACAAUAUGAAACAUUAACCUCACUUCUGUUCUGAUAAACAAUGCCAAGUACAUCAUAUCAUCAAUGUCAUUGACGCACAAGUGCAAUGUCUACAACGACAGAAAUCUCUCUCGAGUUUGACGUCAGUCUAUGCAAACAGUUGGGUUUGCCAGAUUUGAGCCUUUUAACUUUUCUUUCCCUGCCAGAUCAUGAAGGGGAAUGAAUUGUUUGCACUACAGGCUUCUGCAGUUUGCUGACGUUGAAGGCCCUGUCAUAAAACAACCACAGUACUUGAUAUAUAUAUAUAUGAGGAAUGCAUAGGAGUACACUUUAAAGCAUAGUUUUUCCCAUAUCAAAGAGAGUAAAGAAGAGGAACUAAAACUGUUGUUUCAAGAUAGUGCAUAUACUUACCUAUGCAGUUAAAAAGAGUGGAUUUCAGCCCAGCUAGCUAGUAUUGCUAAACAGUAGUGUAAGACAUUGUGGGACAGGGUCGCUCAUGUGACUCGUCUUGAAAUUGCCUCUCUUCCUUGUCUUUUCUUCUUGAGGAUUGAUACGAAUAAGAAAUGGGUUGAUUUAAAUCUGAUCCGUUUGACUGUGUAGUGAGCUAGUAUAAUUAGGAUCAGAUGUUAUCAAGUACAAGAGACAAACUUAUUUGAAUCCCUAUCAACACCUGUGUCAAAGGUGCUUGACCAAUGAGGGACUGGUAUUAGCAUAGGCAAUUUACUUUAACAAUACUGGACUUCCACAUCACACACUUUACGAGGAUAUCACAUUUUCACUUUAUUGACCACUAAACUCAUUGGAAUAAUAACAUUAGUAGUAGUAGUAAUGUUUAUGUAUGCCAGUUUUAUUUUAGUAUUUUUUUUUAAGGCUUGCUUGAAAAGAAUGCUGGCCAUUUUUUGGUCUCAUAAGAUUCACUCAACUCAGAUGUUUACUUUGCAUGUAGUGGAGAUAGCCAGAGUUCUAAAGCUUUCCACUCCACACAUACUAAUACUGUUACCAUGUCAAUAACUUCUCAUGUCCGUUUUCCUGCCUCUCCGCAGUGAGGUUCAUUGUUAACUCAACAAUGUAAAUACGGUCUAAAGUUGUAAGGAAAAAAAAUGUCAGGGGUUUACCGUGAAAUGGCAUUCCUGACGCAUUGUAAAACGUAAACAUGCAGUUCGCUGUACUCUUUUGGUGCACUUAUGUUUUGUAAAAUAUUUUUGAAGAUGUAUAAGGUUAACAAUAAUAGCUUAUUAAAUAUAAUUCAUAAAAACAA